GAGGGAGAGGAGACACACAGGAUAAAGGCUACGACAAAAAAAAAAAAACCGUGAUGAUAAUGGAGGCGAGGCGGUGGAGGAUGUCGGAUUUACGAGAGAGGACUGUUGAAAUUUGACAAGAGGGGGUUCGUGUUCAGACAUUAUCCUCGGGUUUUUUUUUCCUCUUUUUUUUCCUCGUUCAUUUUGGUCCCCCACAUGCUGCGUGGACUCUGAAGAAGAGCAGAGGGGGGAGAAGGGGAGAAGGGGAGCACCCCACGGAUGCCUCGGAAGGUAAAAACGGGGUCCACCGCUGGCGCUACAGGCAACAAGAAGCAUCUCAUCUCACGGAUGCUAAUAAAGGACAUCCUGAAGGCAGGCUGUGGACUGAGGGAUGAGGAUGAAAAACAGCUUUAACCCACCUCCACUGUGAAAUAAAGAAACCCCUAUUUUGAUGGAUUUUUUUUUUUUUUUUUUUACAUCAUUCAUGGUGUAGCCCCCAAGGAAACGCGCCUUAGACAGCAAUGUUGAAUCACUGGUCUUGGUAAAUAAUUCAUUAGUGGUAUAGGUAGGCUAUGAUUUCUUUUUUGUAUUUGCUUCAAUGUAGCAUUUUCUCUCAUUAAUUUUUACAAUGUGUAGUCUUGUAAUACCACACACAUAUUUGCAGGUUACAUUUUUUUUACCGUGUGGUUAUGUAGGGCCUUUUAUUAGCCUUUAAUAAGAAACAGCCAAAAGCUGGAAAAAAAAGGAGCUUUGAUAUAGAACAACGAAAACACAUCUGUUCAGUGAGGGGUUUUAAUAGAUUUUCUUUUCUUGUUAAGAUCUAAAAGAAAAAAGAAAAAAAAGGAAAAGUACGGGGGUGGAAAGAGAGAAACACGGAUUUAAAAAACAAACAAAAAAAACACCAAACAUGUUGCCUUCCCAAGAAGCCUCCAAGAUCUACCAUGACAAUUACAUGCGCAACUCCCGGGCCAUCGGGGUGCUCUGGGCCAUCUUCACCAUCUGCUUCGCCAUCGUCAACGUGGUGGUGUUCAUCCAGCCCUACUGGAUCGGCGACAGCGUCAACACGCCGCAGGCCGGCUACUUCGGUCUCUUCCACUACUGCGUGGGCACGGGGCCGUCGCCCAGCCGGGAGCUCACCUGCGUGGGCAGCUUCUCCGACUUCAGCUCCAUCCCGUCCGGAGCCUUCAAGGCGGCCUCGGUGUUCGUGCUGCUGUCCAUGGUGCUGACCCUCAGCUGCAUCGCCUGCAUGGCGCUCUUCUUCUUCUGCAACACCUCCACCGUUUACAAGACCUGCGCCUGGAUGCAGCUGCUGUGCGGAGUGUGCCUGGUGCUGGGUUGCAUGAUCUUCCCCGACGGAUGGGACGCCGAGGUGAUCCGGGACAUGUGCGGGGAGCACGCAGGGAAAUACUCCCUGGGCGAUUGCUCCGUCCGCUGGGCCUAUAUGCUGGCCAUCAUGGGCAUCCUGGACGCCCUCAUCCUCUCCUUUCUGGCCUUCGUCCUGGGUAACAGGCAGACAGACUUCUACCUUGAUGACUUGCAGACGGACAACAAAGAUUUUGCUGUGUCAAGGAUCGAGGUGCGGGACAGACGAGAGCCGAGGUACGGCGUUCAGCGUCUUCACUGAGGGCACCGACGACCCCGGACAACUCUCCUCCUUUUUUUCUUUUCUCUUCUUUCUCUCUCAUGCAUAUCUUUUCCUCCCUGUCCUAUCUUCUUCGUCUUCUCUUCUUUUCUCUCCAAUGAUCAGGAUAUCACCCAAACUUAAUGCAGACACCAAGUGUACAGGAUUCUGUAAGAUAAAAAAAAAAAACAACAGAACACACUGGGGUAAACUAUAUUUUGGAAAAAAAGAAGUUAUACAAAGGUUGUACAGUGCAUUUACCACUCGACUUUCUCAAAGAAUACCUUUAUGAUGGAGGGAGAAAAAAAGAUGUAGUGUAUUUUAAAGUCUUGAUUUGUGUGAGAAAUGUAAUCCUCAAGAUGAAGAACCAUAAUGUCCAUCCAUGAUUUUAGGAUGCUUUAUUUGAAAACCAACGCUAUUUUAAUGACUUUGAAUUUGUGUGAUGCGUACAUUCAUAGCCUCAGAGAGAGAGAGAGAGAGAGAGAGAGAGAGAGAGAGAGAUACUCCUUAUACCGUGUUAAGAGUCGAGACUGGCAAUACAGCAGCAAGUACAUGAUUAAACAUUUAACACACUUCAAUGGGGACUUGUAUGGCUCUUCAUCUGAGGACUUUCUAAUGCGAGGAACUUAAAGGAGCAUCCCACUGCAGCUUUACAGAACCUAACAUCUCUGGGAGAUUCUCUACUGUACAUACUUAACCGUGUAAAUAGCAUAACAGAAAUAGCUGACAGAAAACAGCCGACAACAAAACCUCAUCUGACUCUUAAAAUGCAUUCGAGUAUUUUCUACCCAUGGUUCCUUGUGCCACAAGAGCGUCAGAGUACGAGCAGAAUGCAUCGCGUUUCUACUAAAUCCUCACUGCUCAUUUGGAGUGAUAGGAAAUAUAUGGGAAUAUAAAGGAUAUCUUAGGUGGAAUAUUCCACACAAAAGCAAAAGGCAAGAUGAAAACGAGAUGCUUCCCCUGCCUCCAUGUGGCUUCAAAACGAGGUCCUUACCAUAGUAUUUCACCCCAAACAGUAGAUUAGUCAAACUUUAAGCUGCUGAUUUUAAGUUCAGCUGUCCAGGUCAGACUUAGAAACCAUGUUUUUAUUUUUCUCAGAGUCCAUGCCUUUUUUUUUCUUUUUUUUUAAGUGUGCUGUUUACUCCAGGUUAUGGUUCCAGCAUGCAGAGAUCAGUUUACUCUACAGAUGUCUUAAGACCGUGUGAAUAUGGCUGCACGCGUCAGCCUUCUCUCAGAGGGAAGCCCCAAGUGCUGCAUUGUCUUCAGGUGAUGUCACUUAAACGCCUCCUUAAAUUAGCAAUGCUGCUCGUAAGAGUAGAAUCAUACAUGGGACAUUAGGAACAGAUAAUCCCCCCCAAACCCAAAAAAAGGAAGACAAAAGUCCU